AUGGUUAGGGCUCUUAUGUGUCUUGAACUUAUAUUAAAUGCGGUUAAUCUCAAUUUUGUAACAUUUUCGGAUUUUUUUGAUAGUCGUCAAUUAAAAGGAGCCAUUUUCUCCAUUUUUGUUAUAGCUAUUGCAGCUGCUGAAGCUGCUAUUGGACUCGCUAUUGUUUCAUCAAUUUAUCGUAACAGAAAAUCAACUCCAUGUCUGCCACGUAAGGUUUUUCUGGUCCAAGUGUAUCUUGUCUUUACCACGAACAAAUUUCCUUGGUUAACAAUAAUUGUAGUUUUACCAAUAUUUGCGGGUUCCUUUAUUUUAUUUCUUCCACAUAAAGGAAAUAGGGUCAUUAGGUGGUAUACUAUAUGUAUAUGCAUGUUAGAACUUCUUCUAACAACCUAUGCAUUCUGUUAUCAUUUUCAAUUGGACGAUCCAUUAAUCCAACUAGUAGAGGAUUAUAAAUGGAUCAAUUUUUUUGAUUUCCGUUGGAAAUUAGGAAUAGAUGGACUGUCUAUAGGACCCGUUUUAUUAACAGGAUUUAUCACUACUUUAGCUACUUUAGCAGCCUGGCCUGUUACUCGGGAUUCUCGAUUAUUCCAUUUCUUGAUGUUAGCAAUGUACAGUGGUCAAAUAGGAUCAUUUUCUUCUCGGGACCUUUUACUUUUUUUCAUCAUGUGGGAAUUAGAAUUAAUUCCGGCUUAUCUACUUCUAUCCAUGUGGGGAGGAAAGAAACGUCUUUACUCAGCCACAAAAUGUAUUUUAUACACGGCGGGAGGUUCCAUUUUUCUCUUAAUGGGAGUUUUGGGUGUCGGUUUAUCUGGUUCUAAUGAACCAACAUUAAAUUUUGAAACAUCAGUGAAUCAAUCGUAUCCUGUGGCUUUGGAAAUAAUAUUUUAUAUUGGAUUUUUUAUUGCUUUUGCUGUCAAAUUACCGAUUCUACCCCUACAUACAUGGUUACCAGAUACCCACGGAGAGGCACAUUACAGUACUUGUAUGCUUCUAGCCGGAAUUUUAUUAAAAAUGGGAGCGUAUGGAUUGAUUCGGAUUAAUAUGGAAUUAUUACCACACGCUCAUUCUAUAUUUUCUCCUUGGUUGAUGAUAGUAGGUACAAUACAAAUAAUCUAUGUAGCUUCAACAUCUCCCGGCCAACGCAAUUUAAAAAAAAGAAUAGCCUAUUCCUCCGUAUCUCAUAUGGGUUUCAUACUUAUAGGAAUUGCUUCUAUAACCGAUACGGGACUCAAUGGAGCUAUUUUACAAAUAAUCUCUCAUGGGUUUAUUGGUGCUGCACUUUUUUUCUUGGCAGGAACGAGUUAUGAUAGAAUACGUCUUGUUUAUCUCGACCAAAUGGGCGGAGUAGCUAUCCCCAUGCCAAAAAUAUUUACGAUGUUCAGUAGUUUUUCCAUGGCUUCGCUUGCAUUACCGGGUAUGAGUGGUUUUGUUGCAGAAGUUAUAGUCUUUUUAGGAAUAAUUACCAGCCAAAAAUAUCUUUUAAUGCCUAAAAUUGCCAUCACUUUUGUAAUGGCAAUUGGAAUGAUAUUAACUCCUAUUUAUUCAUUAUCUAUGUUACGCCAGAUGUUCUAUGGAUAUAAGUUAUUUAAUACUCCAAACGCUUAUGUUUUUGAUUCUAGACCGCGCGAGUUAUUUGUUUCGAUCUCCAUUUUUCUACCUGUAAUAGGUAUUGGUAUGUAUCCGGAUUUUGUUCUUUCACUAUCAGUUGCCAAGGUUGAAGGUAUUCUAUCUAAUUAUUUUUAUAGAUAGUUUUCUUAAAGAAAAAAACUCCUAUGAUUUUUAAGAGUUGGUUGACUAAUGAAAAGAAAAAAGAAGAAGGAUUUUUAUUCUCUUAAAUCUUAAAUUUUUAUUCUCUUAAAUCUUAAAUAAAGUAA